GUGUAUUAAGCCCACCAUGUGCAACAAAGACCAGCGUGGAUGGAGAUGGUGAGAUGAGAGUGAACUUCUCAAACAGCCACCAUCUGUCAAAGCGGCCUGUUGUCUAGUCUGAGUGUGACAAGUAUGCCCAAAGCUCUUGGUCGUUUUUCUUUUCUCAAUGUUUUAAGUCUCGACUUCUUCGGAGAUGCGCGUCCGUUCAGCAUUCGGCAGCUCCCGGUUGAAAGCACCCCCAGCGCUCGCAUCAUGGAAACGCCAGCGCUCGCAAGCUUCGUGGCCACCAGCAACAAGGUGAAGUCCGAGAAGGUGAAGGGCACUGUGACGGAGCUGGGUGUCAUUCUGCAAGAGAGCAGGACUUUGAAGAAAGCCUUUGGUAGCGAAGACGUGAUUUCCCGUCGCAAGAUGUUGGGGAAAGAGCCUGAAGAGAAGGAGGUAGAGAAGAGGCCAAUCAUCAUCCAACAUUCAGGCACUAUCAGCGAACGCCCCUCGAACCACAUGUUGCCUGCACAAUGGGGCCUUGUGUCCACAGUCUUCGAGGCUUACAAUCACCAUCACGAGCUGGUCUUGCGACCCGAUGAUUUCUGGCAAGCUAUCCUCACACAGAUGUCCUUCUACAUCCAAGCCCGGGCAGAAGCCUUGAGAGAGCGCUUCGUGGAUUUCAAAGGCAAGAAGACCUUGGUGAUUUACAUGAUGGGCACACUCUUCACAGCCGAUUUUGGGAACUUCGCCCUUGCCAUGGCUGACAAGAUCGCGGAGAAUAUCAAGGAUCCUGAAAUGGCCAACUGGCUGUUGCCCAGCUUUACCACAACGACCGCCAACGACCGAAUAGCAGCUUCGGUGACGAUGAUGUCCACUUUGCAGGCCUACUUCGAGUAUGUAUGCUGUUUGAUGUGCGGCAUUCCCAAGGUUACAUUGUUGGGCAAAGUUGAGGAUUGGCUUCAAUUGCGGGCCAAGAUUGAUCGUUUGCCUGAGUUCGACCUAGAAGACAAGUUGAUGACCAAGUGGCAUGCCAUGUUGGCACCGGUUCUUGAUCGACUCAUUUCCUCUGCCUCUGGAAAGAAUGAGCUCGACUUCUGGGACCGGGUGUGUCAUCACAAAGGUGGAGGAUCUGGACCAAGCUAUCUCUCUGGUUGGAUUACAGUCUUUGCCGCUUUCUCAAACAAGGGCGAGUGGCGUGGCGAUGAUCGAGCCAGAACCUUUGGCGCGGAAGCUGCCUCACAGGCAUGGCCUGACAUCGAGACGGGCCGUGUUCCAGUGGGUGCCGUUUCAGUGCCAGUUCUUGUGGAUGACAACGGGACUCAGUAUGACACCCAGAUGGUUGCAGGGCAAUUUGGCCAUGACUUGUGCAAAGAUGGGUCGGUGAUCAGGCCUCGUACCGACUGGUGUAUCGCGUUUGAGGGCCAUCCCAAGGCUGAGCCAAGAGCCUACCGUGAUGGUGAGGUCCGACCAGCAGCUGAAGCGCCUUGAUGAGCCAUCAUUUCCUAGCUGUUUCAGCCUUUCAGCUGCUCGGCCAUGAUGGAUGUUGUACAGGUGGGCAUCCUCCAUGGUCACUGGAUCAAUCGCUCCGUGAGAGCGCUGAUCUUUGACAGCCCCGGUGAGAUGUGCAGACUUACUCAUCGGAGCUGGUGACAUGCCGUGCAUCGGCCUGACGAAAAGAAUGGUCGCACUCAAUUUGUCAAUGAAC